UUCAGCCCAGGUCAAUGCAUUGGAAUAUUAGUUGGAAUAUCAACUGUAAUUCAGCAGGGGGAGGGGGGGGGAGAAGAGCCCCAACCCCGCCGGACUGCCAGCCAGCCAGCCUGCCAGCCUGGAAGAGAGAUCCUCCUCCUGGUCCUCCCAAGGGGCGAGGCUGCGGCUUGGCGGCCAGGCGAGGAGACGCCGGAGGAGGAGGAGGAGGAGGAGGCGGGGAUCCCAGCGGGGUCUUGCAGGGGCAGCCGGUGCGGGGCCGGGAAGGCGCCUGGGGUCGGGGGUCGGAUGGAAGGCAGCUGGGCCAGGAUGGAGACCCCCGCCGCCGCCGCCCUCCUCCUGGCCGUGCUGCUGGGCUGCCUGGCGGCCAAGCUCCUUUGGUCCAGGAGGCGGGACGAGCCGCCCCGCAUCCGCGGCUGGCUCCCCUGGGUCGGGGCGGCGCUGCAGUUCGGGCAGGCGCCCCUGGAGUUUAUCGAGCAAGCCCGCAUCAAGUAUGGACCAGUAUUCACAGUGUACAUGCUCGGAAAACGAUAUACGUUUGUUACGGAGGAAGAAGGGUCUCGGGUGUUUUGCACUUCGAAAGAUGCAGACUUUGAGCAAGCUGUACAACAGUCCGUCGAGCAUGCAGUUUCAGUUCCCAAAGAGAUCUUUUAUCAGAAUAGGUUCAAAGUCUAUAUGAUGAUGAAGGGAAGGCUGUCGCCCUUGAACCUGCCCCAGCUGGUUGGGAGUAUCUGUGCGGAAGUGCAAGAACACAUGCAGGACUUAGGGGCGGAGGGAACCAAGAGUCUCCAUGACCUGGUAAGGCAUAUCAUGUUCCCAGCAGUCGCAAAUACCCUGUUUGGAAAAGACGCCUUUCUGAAAACCAAAAUUAAUACCAAGGAGUUACAGGAGCACUUUCAGAACUAUGACGAUGAUUUUGAAUAUGCCACCCAGCUGCCUGAAUAUCUGAUGAGGAAAUGGUCUAAAUCCAAGAAGUGGCUCCUUGAGGUGUUUGAAAAAGUGGUGUUCCAUGCCGAGAGAAUGAACCCCCCUGACAGCGAUUCCAAGACGCUUAUGCAUCAUGUCCUGGACACCUUAACGGUAAAACGCUUUGGUCCUCAUUAUGGUCUCUUACUCCUGUGGGCAGCUCAAGCGAACGCAGUUCCUGUUUCUUUUUGGACACUUGCAUUUAUCCUGUCUCAUCCAUCUGUUUACAACAAUGUCAUGCAGGAAGUAGAAUCUGUUUUGGGGAAAGCAGGUAAAGAAAAAGUGGAGGUGUCGAACAAGGACCUCAAAAAGCUCCAGUUUAUCAAGUGGUGCGUUCUGGAAAGCGUGCGCUUGAGAGCCCCCGGCGUCAUCACCAAGAAAGCCAUGAACCCAAUAAGACUUCAAAACUUUGUCAUCCCUGCUGGUGACAUGCUGAUGCUGUCUCCGUACUGGAGCCAUAGGAACCCAAAAUAUUUUCCCGAGCCUGAAGUUUUUAAACCAGACCGUUGGAAAGAAGCAAAUUUAGAGAAGAAUGCUUUCUUGGAAGGCUUCGUGGCAUUUGGAGGAGGGUCACAUCAAUGUCCAGGAAGGUGGUUUGCUAUAGCAGAGAUUCAAGUCCUUGUGGUUUUGUUCCUUUAUAAAUACGAAUGCAACCUUAUGGACCCAGUACCAAAGGAGAGCCCUCUCCACUUAACAGGGACUCAGCAGCCUGAAGGACCCUGCAGAAUUCGGUAUAAAAGGAGAACAUAGAAAUCAUCA